AUGGAUAUAGAUCUUCGACUACAUUCAGGUGACCUAUGCAAAGAAGGUGAUGAAGAAGACAGAGGACUCGACAAUGUGCUACAGAACGAGCACAAGCUCCACGACGCUGAUGAAGAAGAAGAAGACAUGGAUAUCGGCAAAAUCGAGGACGUUACCGUCGAGGUACACACUGAUGACAGCGUAGGGAUGGUGAAUGUUCCAUCUGGAGGAGAAUUGGUUGAGUACACUGAAGGCAUGAAUCUCGAACCUCUCAACGGUAUGGAGUUCGAGUCGCACGGCGAAGCUUAUUCCUUUUACCAGGAGUACUCUCGAGCUAUCGGGUUCAACACCGCGAUACAGAACAGCCGGAGAUCGAAGACGACGAGAGAGUUUAUCGACGCCAAGUUCGCUUGCUCUAGGUACGGCACCAAGAGAGAGUAUGAUAAGUCUUUCAACAGGCCGAGAGCUAGGCAGAGCAAGCAAGACCCUGAGAACAUGGCUGGGAGGAGAACGUGUGCGAAGACUGACUGUAAAGCGAGUAUGCAUGUGAAGAGAAGGCCUGAUGGGAAGUGGGUGAUUCACAGCUUUGUGAGGGAGCAUAACCAUGAGCUUUUGCCUGCGCAAGCUGUGAGUGAGCAGACGAGGAAGAUUUACGCUGCUAUGGCUAAGCAGUUCGCUGAGUACAAGACUGUGAUCAGCUUGAAAAGCGACUCGAAGAGCUCGUUUGAGAAAGGUCGGAGUUUGUCAGUGGAGACAGGGGAUUUCAAGAUCUUGCUUGACUUCUUGUCACGGAUGCAGAUCUUGAACUCAAACUUCUUUUACGCGGUGGAUCUUGGAGAUGACCAGAGGCUGAAGAAUGUGUUUUGGGUGGAUGCGAAGAGUAGGCAUAACUAUGGGAGUUUCUGUGAUGUUGUUUCUCUGGAUACAACGUAUGUGAGGAACAAGUAUAAGAUGCCGCUUGCUGUUUUCGUUGGAGUGAACCAGCAUUAUCAGUAUAUGGUUCUUGGUUGUGCUUUGAUAUCAGACGAGAGUGCAGCGACGUUUUCUUGGUUGAUGGAGACGUGGAUGAAGGCGAUGGGAGGACAAGCUCCAAAGGUUUUGAUCACUGAGCAAGACGCUGUGAUGAACGCAAUUGUUCCUGAAAUCUUCCCUAACACUCGGCAUUGCCUUUUCCUCUGGCAUGUGUUGGUUAAGGUCGCUGAGAAUCUUGGUCAAGUUGCUAAGCAGCAUGAGCAUUUUACACCGAAGUUUGAGAAGUGCAUUUACAAGUCAUGGAAAGAGGAAGACUUUGCGAGGAGGUGGUGGAAGAUUCUUGCGAGAUUCGGCCUCAAGGAAGAUCAGUGGAUGCAGUCUUUAUAUGAAGACCGGAGGAAAUGGGCACCGACGUACAUGACUGAUGUUCUCUUGGCAGGGAUGUCUACACCUCUAAGAGCUGAUAGUGUUAACGCUUUCUUCGACAAGUACAUGCAUAAGAAGACUAGUGUACAAGAAUUUGUGAAGCUAUACGAUACCAUUUUGCUAGACAGAUGUGAAGAAGAAGCCAAAGCUGAUUCCGAAACGUGGAACAAGCAGCCAGCAAUGAAGUCUCCGUCACCGUUUGAGAAGAGUGUCUCUGAAGUUUACACUCCUGCUGUGUUCAAGAAGUUCCAGAGUGAAGUUUUGGGUGCGAUUGCGUGUAGUCCCAGGGAAGAGAACCGAGAUGGGGCAUGCUCUACUUUCAGAGUUCAGGAUUUUGAAAACAACCAGGACUUUGUGGUGACAUGGAACCACGCAAAGGCUGAAGUCUCUUGCAUCUGUCGGUUAUUCGAGUACAAAGGCUAUCUCUGCAGACACACGCUUAACGUUCUCCAGUGUUGUCAUCUUUCUUCAAUCCCUUCUCAGUACAUAUUGAAACGGUGGACAAAAGAUGCAAAGAGCCGGCAUUUCUCAGGAGAGCCUCAGCAGUUGCAGACUAGGCUGCAGCGGUAUAACGAUCUCUGUCAACGAGCGUUAAAGCUGAAUGACGAGGCGUCCUUCUCUCAAGAGAGCUACAAUGUAGCUUUCCUUGCUAUUGAAGAAGCUUUGGGAAACUGUGCUGGUGUUAACACUUCCGGAAGAAGUCUUCCAGAUGUUGUCACGUCACCGACUCAAGGUCUGAUUUCGGUUGAGGAGGAUAGCCAGAGCAGAAAUGCAAGCAAGACUGGCAAGAAAAAGAAUCCAACCAAGAAAAGAAAAGUGAACUCAGAGCAGGAGGUUAUGCCAGUUGCAGCGCCUGAAAGCAUGCAACAGAUGGACAAGUUGAGCCCGAGGACAGUUGGUAUAGAAAGUUACUAUGGAACACAGCAGAGCGUGCAAAAUAUGGUGCAGCUGAACUUAAUGGGGCCAACUCGUGAUAACUUCUAUGGGAAUCAACAAACAAUUCAAGGAUUGUUGAACUCAAUAGCGCCGAGCUACGACAGUUACUACACUGCUCAGCAAGGCAUCCAUGGACAGGGAGUAGAUUUCUUCCGUCCUCCCAAUUUUCCUUACGAUAUCCGGGACGAUCCUAAUGUGAGGGCUACGCAGUUGCAUGAGGACGCAUCCAGACACUCGUAA